GUGCUUCCUCACAGCAGAGCUGCUGGCAGAACAUAAAGCUCUCUAAUCCCAGUGGGAUCACUGAGGAAGGGCAGCGGAGGGCGAACCUCCAGCCCCAGACUCUCUCUCGCUGAGCAGGGUCCCCUUCUCUCUCUUACGACCCCCUGGUGAGCAGCGGCCCUUCCUGGCCUGGGAAUCUGCAUCUCCCUGGCUCAGCAAGCGUGAAUCUGAGCCUUUAAGUGUGUUGGCACAAAAGGAUCAAGAGUUAAUCCUGUGUGUGUUGGGAAUGCACGCGUAGGCACAGUGCCCUGUGCAAGCACAGAGAUAAUGAACACAUGCGCUGGGACUGGAAUUGGUUGAAAUUUUGCCUUCAAAAUAUGUUUGAUGAAAAAUGGCGCUUUUUUUUUUUUUUGCCAAAAUGGAAACUUCGUUGGGAAACGCCAAAAUUUGGGUCGGGGGGAGGGGUGGCGGGAUCCCAACAACUGAAAAAUGUUGGCUGAAAACCAAAAAAUGUUCAGCUUCCCCCCACCCCCAAUGAAAACUCUUUAUGGGAACCAAAACCAUUUCCCAUCCCACUCUAGCAGACCAACAAAAUGGGCCAGGACCUUACUGAAGCCAAACACCCCUUGAGUUAUGACCUUAGGAAUGAUUUGUGCAUUUGGCCCCAGGUUAGUACAAAAGGAAUCCUAGGGAAAAAUCCUGUACUGCCCUAGCAUCAUCAUGCAAAAGGUGAGGAAAUAAGGCCUGAAAACCAUCAACCUGUGUGUUGGGGGUGGGGGUCUGGCUGGCCAACUGGCCCCUUUUAGGGAAGUUGGGCUACCAUAAAAACUUCUUUAAGGGUAGACAGCUGAUUUUGGCUCACCUGGAAGGAACUAACUGCCCAGGUGGCUAAUUGGCUAAGGAGCAUCUGGACCUGAUAAAAGGCCAUGGGCCUCACAGUGAGAAGGCAGCUCCUGAGGAGAAUGUUCCUAGGGAAAGGUCUCCUGGAUAGCUGCAGGGGCCAAGCCUCCAAGGAGUGUAUGCUGCUAGGGAGCUUGAGGGGAUUCUGCAUCAGGCCUAGACUGGUAGAAAGUGGCAUCAGCAGCCAGAUCCUCUGGGGAGAAGGUACUGGGAGGAGCUCCUCUGCCAAGGGAGCCUGGAGGCAGAUGAAGGACACUCAUGGGACCAUAUGGAAUGGAUCGAACAGUGCACUGCAUUGAUUUCUAUGACUGUGCAAAUGGGCUGGGAAUUAAAGUAAUCGGUGGCAUCAAAGAGUUGACAAGAGAAGAAUAUGGAGUUUAUGUAAAGAGGAUCCUACCAGGGGGUGUUGCUUAUGCUGAUGGACGCCUGCAGCCAGGAGACCAGAUCUUGGAGGUCAAUGGAGAUUCUUUGAUUGGAGUCACGAGUGAGAGAGCUGUGGAUAUUCUCAGGACAGCCUCCGCCACCAACCACAUGCGCCUUCUAAUAGCUCGAGAUGAUGAUGCCAGGAGAGAGUUCUCUGAGCUGCUGGAAAAGUUUGGAUCUCAUAGCAACACAGAAUCGGCACGGAGUUCUCCUGUUCACCAGGGCGGCAGUAGAUAUUUGGAAAGUACGUCCUCGGGGUCUUCAUCACGUUCGCAGAGUCCCCUGCUGCUGAGCCCUGCAAAUUCUCAUGGCCCACUCAUUGGAAACUCGGCACAUUCCCCACACUCAAGCUCGCACUACUCCCUUGAAUCAGGGAUUCAGUGCAUCUCCAUAGCAAAAUCCUCUGGGUUGGGGUUGACGAUCAGUGGCGGAUCUAACAGGCCAGAGGGUCCCAUGAUUUAUGUUCAAGAGCUUAUGCCAGAAGGGGACUGUUACAGAGAUGGGCGGCUCCGGCCUGGUGAUCAGUUAAUUGCCAUCAAUAAAGACUCUUUGGUGGGCAGCACAUAUGAAGAGGCCAGAAAAAUACUUGCAAAAGCCAAAUGCAGACAUGAGGGAAACACAGAAGUGGCCUUUAUUCCUGGAAGGGGACGGUUACAUCCCGGACUCUCUGUUCAUAACAGCAUCCAAUCGCCACCUCCUAAGGCCAUGGGGAAUGGUCUUAGCUCUUGCAGGUUGAAAGUCCACGUGAGGUCACCUGAGACCAGACAAGAAAAUCUCUUUCCUGUGCCUUCUCCAUCACCAGACAUUUGCCCCCCAGAGCUCACGAUAUCUGCACCUGCUUCACCUUCUGGUCAGAGGGCAGCUUCAGGCAGCAAACCAAAAGUAGCGCUGGAUCCCCAUAUUCGACUCAAGGAUGGGAAACUCGAACUGGUGCUGCAAUAUCUGGGUCUGGAUGUGACCGAGGAGAAGAGGAAGCAAUUACGGCAGAGUCUGAUCACAGAUUCACAGGGAACAGUGGCCUAUGGAGAUUUUCUUCAAGCUCUCAGGGAUCUGCUGCAAGAUGAGCGGGAGGAGGCUGGCCUUGACGCCAGUUCUGUGCUCUUCACUCAGCAUGAAGUGGCCAGUUUAUUGGAUACAUCUGCUUUUCACUCUCUGACUUUUGACUCCGUCAGCUGUACCGAUGGCGAGGAACUGGAACAGCUUCAACUGGAAAUGACAGAUCUGCGGCAGGAAGUCCAAAGGCUGAAGUCUCUUCUGAAGGAGGUGGAAAGCAGCAAGAAGUCAAUGGAAUAUGAACUUCAGAGACUGAACCAGAAGGCGCUGGACUUCCUGUCCGAGAACCGCACCCUGCACAGCAAGCUUCAGGUGGCUGAGGUGGUUCAGCAGCAAGCCCACAGUGCAGAGCAGGACUAUGAGGAAGUGAUUCACCUGCUCGAGGCUGAAAUCACUGAGCUGAAAACUCAGCUGGUAGGGAAGAAAACAAAGCAUGUCUCUGAAGCAGAGGGAGGCAUUCUGGAGCUGAAAAGACGGCUGUCCCUGGCAGAUGGCCAGUUGCGGAAAUCUGAAGUCAUGCGGAAGCGCUUGGAAAUCUGCAACAGGAAGCUGCUCCUGUUUGUGCAGAAUGUUCACAGGGUCCUGAGCACACCCAGCCAGUUACCAGAUGAGACAAGAGUCAACAGUCGGACAGAGGAGGAUAAAACAGAAGCAAACUUGGAUGCGUCUCUUCCAUCUCCAGAUCUCCUGGACCUAUUGAUAUCCGAAGCUAAAGAAUUGUUGGAGCCCAUCCUCGCUAACACCACAAAGGAUGUAUUGCCAUACAACUGGGACGAGUGCCUGACUGGGGAGGGAAGCCUAAACUACAAGGACCAUCUUCAUCAGGAAACCACAUGGCCCCCUCCUCCGACCCAUAGCAAGAGUGAUGAGCCACAGCCCUCGAGCCCAACCAAGGAACUGCCUGAGAAGACUACAUAAAUCUCCUGAGAUGCACUCCUAUGCAUAACCGUGUAUAUUCGUAACACAGAUGCUCUGCUGGGAGACAGGAUGCAGAAUGGAUGGUUCAGUUUCCAGGCAGAGCAGAAGAUCCAUGAGUUUUCUGCUGAGACACUGAUUCUUCUGACUAGCCACCUAAGACUUAAGCAGCAAACCCACCCGCAUGGCUACCUCUGAAUUAUUAUACAAGGCUGUUCUCUCUUGGUUCUGUCUUUAUAGACAACCGGAAACUUAUCACUGAGGGGAUGUGAAUGCAUGGACCCCACAGGCAGGCAGCCUUUAGAGCUGGCAUUCUAUAAAGUAAGAGGAGCAUGGACUAACCAGAGAAGGACACAUGGGUCCUGAAAGGAUUCCUUUUGGGAUUUCAUAUGGGAAAAACCAAAGUAAACUUAGUGGACUGUAGUGAAACCAACAUACUCUGUAGUGUCUAUAGCUGUCUUGGGAUACAGAUCAUGUGUUUUUUGUAAAGCUUAUCCCAGCUGCAAUGCUUGAAGUGGAAAGAAGAAGCCCGGAGGUAGCCGACAGUGUUAAUAAUGUGGUACCUGUGAGCUCUGCUGAGCACAGAAAGGACACCAUGGAACAUGUUUCACUAUAGGGGUGUGGUGUAACACUUGGAAACUAGACCCACGUGGUUCGAGGUUUUAUGUGGUUAGCAAUGAACAUGGUAGAGAUCUGAUAUGAAAGCACAGCCUGGCAAAUAAAAUGAAAACACUGCUUAGAGGGUGUUUGAUUUCUGA